AUGAGAGUGCUUUCCAAGAUGGCGGGUUAUCCCCGCAUGCUUCUGGCCGGCGGUCCUCCAAGGAUCGAGCUGGGAACACUUUUCGUCGGCUUCGUAUGCGCCUGCGCAUCCGGUGUUCCCUUCCCAUUGAUCGGAAUUCUGUUCGGUCAACUGCUCGACGACUUCAACGAGGCGACCUGCUCUGCAUCCGCGGGUACAGCCACUGCAUCCUCCGACGCCUCCGAACAAAGCGACAUCAACGGCAAGAUUCUGAUCAUUGUCUACCUGGCCAUUGCACAAUUCGUCACGAUCUACCUGCAUCUUUCCUGCUGGACCAUGUACGGCGCCCGACUAGCACAGAGGCUGCGCGAGAGAUAUCUGCAGAACUUGCUGCGCCAAGAGCCUUCAUACUUCGAUAAUCUCCCUCCCGGUGAGGUGGCCUCUCGUCUGAACACCGAUAUUCAAACGAUUCGUUCGGGAUCUUCUGAAAAAGCGGGAAUCUGCAUUUCUAGCUUUUCCUUUUUCAUCACCGCCUAUAUCGUAGCUUUCAUCAAGCAGUCUAUUCUGGCCGCAAUGUUGAUCUCGCUGAUUCCGGCUUAUUUCUUGAUGUCAUUUAUUGGAAGUCACUAUAUCGAGAAGUAUUCUGCGCGCGUCUCGGACUAUGCUGCCUCUGCUGCGUCGAUCGCUUCUGAGGCACUUUCCAAUCUCGUUGUGGUUCAGGCAUUUGGUGCGAACACCCGUCUGGAGGAGAAAUUCUCCAAGGCACUGAAGGAGAGUGAGCGUGAGGGUAUGAAGAAAGCUACUGCUGUCGGUGUGCAGGCCGGAUUCCUCUACUUUAUUGCAUACUCGGCCAACGGUCUCGCUUUCUGGCAGGGAAGUCGGAAGGUCGCUGACUCAGUGGAUGGUGGUGACGCUGGUACCACUGUCGGUUCUGUCUUUACGGUUAUCUUCAUUUUGGUUGAGGCUACUCUUCUUCUGAGCCAGGUUGCGCCCUUCCUCCACCUUUUCACUGCCGCUGUUGCAUCAUUUGAGAAGCUCCACGGCGACAUUUAUCGCGAGCCUCAAAUCGAUGGUACCACCGAUGCUGGUCUUCGUCUCACCGAGGCGCAAGGCGCAUUUGAAUUCAAGAAUGUCUCUUUCUGCUAUCCCUCCCGACCGGAGGUGACUGUUCUCGACAACAUUAGCCUCAGUAUUCCAGCAAACAAGCACACCGCUCUUGUUGGUUUGUCUGGAAGUGGAAAGUCCACGAUUGCAGGCCUGGUCACUCGACUGUACGAUCCCGAUCAAGGAGAGAUUUUCUUUGACGGACACAACCUCCGUGAAGUCAACACCCGGGACCUCAGAAGCUACCUGAGUCUUGUGCAGCAGGAACCAUCUCUUCUCGAUCGUUCCCUUCUCGAAAACAUAGCCCACGGGCUCAUGAGUUCAAGCAACCCGAGCCACACAGAGCUAAAGGCUGCGCUUCUCGCAUCUGAUCUUGAGGGACUCGCUGCUGAGGUUCGUGGAGGCGUGGAUCUCAUGGUCGCUGCCGAAAGCCGUGGAUCGGAAGUCGUGAAAAUUGUCAAUCUUGUCAAGGAAGCCGCGAAUCUUGCCGAUGCGCAUGGUUUCAUCUCCAACCUGCACCACGGGUAUGCCACCAGUGUUGGCUCGAGUGGUCGUCUUAUUAGCGGAGGCCAGAAGCAACGUGUCUCGCUUGCCAGAGCUCUUAUACGGGACCCCACUGUUCUCAUCUUGGACGAGGCUACUGCCUCUCUUGACUCGCGGACUGAACGCCGAAUUCAGGAUGCCAUUAACAGAAUUGCCAGUGGCAGAACUAUGAUCACCAUCGCUCAUCGCCUUUCCACUAUCACCAACGCUGAUAACAUCAUCGUCAUGCAUAAAGGCCAUAUCAUCGAGCAGGGCAGUCACUCUGAGCUCAUGGCUCAGAAUGGAUCCUACGCCAACUUAGUGUAUAUGCAGGGAUUAGGUGGCACGACUAACAAGAACGACGCCACUGUCAGCAUUGAGAGUGUCAGUAAAUCUGAUCAGACUUCGACUACGGAUACGGACAUUGAGAAAGUCAGCACAUCGAACGAAUUCGAGCCUGCGGAUGAGCACAAGGCUACAGCAACGGAAACCCCAGUCACGGAUGCUCCCGAGGAGGAAGAGGGACUCGAAACUCCAUCCAAGUCCCUCUGGCAAAUUCUGCGCGGAUACGGUCCUGCCGUCAAACCUCAUCUUCUGAUCAUUUUCUUUGCCCUGAUCGGCUCGGUGAUUGUCGGUGGUGCCUUCUCUGGUGAGGCCGUUAUUUUCGGUAACACCGUUGGAAGCCUGAACCCCUGCAAGAGCGCCGACAGCAUUCGAUCCAAAGGCGACUUCUUCGGUCUGAUGUUCUUCGUUCUUGCCAUCAUCGAAUUCUUCUCGAACUUGGUCAGUUGGGCCGGCUUUGGCUGGGCUUCGGAGAAGAUUGUCUACACUGUGCGUGUUUUGUCAUUCCGUUCUUUGUUCGAGCAGGACUUGCAAUGGCACCAGUCGAAUGGUCGAUCGCCGCCUUUGCUUCUCUCGUAUAUUACCCGGGAUGGCAAUGCCCUUGCAGGCCUCAGUGGGUCUGUUAUCGGUACUUUGAUCUCGAUUACUGUCAAUCUCAUCGCCGCAAUCAUUCUGACGCACAUUAUUGCGUGGAAAAUCGCCUUGGUUUGUCUUGCCCUGGUUCCUCUUCUUCUUGGAGCGGGCUUGAUGGAGUUGCAUGUCCUGGGCAAGUUCGAAGAGAAACACGAGACUGCCUAUACCAAGUCCGUUGACAUUGGUGUGGAGGCAAUUACUUCUAUCAAGACCAUCGCUUCUCUGUCUCUCGAGCACGAUAUCCUCAAAACUUACCGGAAGUCGCUCAAGGGUCCCCGCAAGGAGACUCUUCAAGUCACCCUGCACGCAAGUCUCUGGCAAGCUACCACCUACUUCCUGGGGAACUGCGUGAACGCGCUCGCGUACUGGUGGGGCGCGAAACAAAUUAUUGCCGGUACCUAUACCCAGACGCAGUUCCUGAUCGUGGUUUUCUCUCUGCUCGUCAGCGCUCUUCUCUGGAGUCAGAUGUUCGCCCUCGCACCCGAGCUUACAAACGCGCGUAAUGCGAUGGCCCGAAUUCUCGGUUUGAUCGAAAUUGGUUCUGAGGGUAUGAAGGGCAAGGUCCCAACCCACGCUGAAAUCGAUUCUGCGGAGAAAGACCCCGAAAUGACUGCUGAGCUGAAACCCAUCGUUUCCGACAACACUGCCUCGGGGGUUCAAUUCCGCGACGUCCACUUCGCGUACCCUGCCCGCCCAGACUCGAAAAUCCUCAACGGGUUGAGCAUGGACAUCCGACCCGGCAAAUUCGCAGCGCUAGUCGGACCCAGUGGUGCCGGCAAGUCAACCAUCAUCUCACUUGUUGAACGCCUCUACACCCCCGAAGCAGGAUCCAUCCUCGUGGACGGCUUCGACGUAACAAAGGGCCACAGUGUCUCAUUCCGCGACAGUAUCUCUCUCGUCCCGCAGGAAAGUGUCCUCUUCGAAGGAACCAUCGAGUUCAACAUCGGUCUCGGCGCAGCCCCAGGACGCAACGUCACGCUUGCCGAUAUCGAGGAUGCGUGCAAACUCGCCAACAUCCACGACACCAUUAUGAGUCUGCCGGACGGCUACCAGACCCUUUGCGGACCGAACGGUAGUCAGUUCUCCGGUGGUCAGAAGCAGAGAUUGUCGAUUGCUCGUGCACUUGUUCGGAAGCCUAAGCUCUUGAUCCUUGAUGAGUCGACUAGUGCGCUGGACGCGGAGUCUGAGAAGCUCCUCCAGGAUGGUCUUGAGAAGGCUGCGAGGGGUAUUACAGUUAUUGCGAUUGCUCAUCGGCUGCGGACUAUUCGGAAGGCGGAUGUCAUUUUCUUGAUUGAGGCUGGUCGUUGUGUUGAUCAUGGUUCGCAUGAGCAGUUGCUCGAGCGCUCGGAGAGUUAUAGGGCUAAUGUCAUGCAUCAGACUGUGGCCACUGAUUGA